AUGAUAUAAUUUUAAUUAGCAUCAGCAAUAUUUUUGAAGGAAUUUUUGAAGAUAGUCGAUUUGUAGAAUUUCAAUAUAGAAAGUAUAGAUGAAAGAAUAGAAUAAUUAAAAAUUCAAAUAUUAUAAAAUCAAUAAUUUAAUGGAUUUUUAAAAGAAGAGUAGAAUUAUAAUCCAUAAACUAAAUGUGAAUAUCCAGAAUUAGAGAAUCAUAUUUAAUAAAAAACUAAAAAACAACAUGGAAACAAAUUUACAAGUAAUGGUAAACAGUAUUUCUAAUGUUCCAAAUGCACUAAGAUAUUUAAUCAUCCUUCAAGUUUAUCAAGACAUAAAAAGAAUCAACAUAAAAAUAUAAAACAUGAUUUGUUCAGAGUAUAAAAACUUUAAACACAAUAAUAAUAAUAAUAAUAAUAAGAUAUUGUUAUUAAUUUUACAGAUCUCCAAAAUUGA